AAAAUGGCAGGACUACCUUACCAGUGAUGUUAAUUUUCAGACUCAUUUAAUACAAAUUCUCAGCGAGAUAUUGGAUAAACAAUCAAUCCGGGAAGCUGCCGCAAAGAUAUUACAGUUGGCCAACAGAGACGAACUCCAGCUUAACGAAACAGAUACGAAAAAGCUAUACGAAACGAUUUUUGAGUACGACCUGGCUGCCGUGCGAACAAUUGUGGCCGACCAUGCUGAAUUAAAUAAAAAAGCGUCUACAGAUCAUGCUCCGGUAGCAGACGAGUCGCUUAAAUUACGGAUUGAAGAAUUGACGAAAAGAUGGAAGCAUGCCGAAGAGACUCUUGCGUUUGAGCGUAAGCAGUCUGAAAAACGGCUUCAAGAGCUGGAACGUGAAAAUAAAAAAUUACGCCAAUAGAACUAAUCUAGAAUUUAAUCUUGCAUUUCAUCGUCGCUGCUCUCGCCUUCUUCGCCCUCUUCCUCGGCAUAUUUGACAGCCUCGUCGAAUAGCUCCUUCGGCACAAGCUGGUGUAGGCCGUUGGUUUCACUUUUACUAGCCCACGUAAUUUCCAAUUCAAAAUCUUUGUCCUUGUUGUCCUCGUGGGCCAAAUAUAUGAUUCUUGCAGCCUCCUUAACGGCCUCUCUAGCUGUGAUGUUGGGCAAAUCCAAUUUUUCCAGCUCGCUUUUGGCCGUUUGUCUGCCCUUCCCUGUAGCAGCACCGUAAUAACCCCAGUAGGUGCCGCUUGGCUCGACCAUGUACAGGUGUGCACCAUCGUCGUCUAAGCCACCAACAAUUGCAUUGAUGCCAAAUGGUCUCACAGAGUUGUAGCACGUGUAUGCUUGCACAUAGUAUCCGAGCCGGUCUAUUAAUCCUGGAAGGCCAAUUGGCUCUUUGUAAAGCGAUUUGAAAGACUGAGCCUCAUCACGACCACGGUUUACAAAAUGUCUUCCAUCUGGUAUGAGUCCGGAAUACACAACACCCACAUGCCUGUCUAUGAUUUCUCGGGCUCACCCUAUUCCCCUAAAUCUAGCGUCUUGAUUGAUACUUUAUCUUCAGAUCUGAACAGCGUCCAGGACCAGAUCCGCCAAGCAGACGUCAUAUGGUUGGUAUACUCUGAUCGCUACACAUAUGAGCGAAUUUCUCUGUACUGGAUCCCAAUGUUCAGAUCAAUGGGGGUCAACUUACCCAUUGUGCUGUGCAACAACAAAUCCGAUUUGGAUGAACUACCUGAUGAAAGCGAGUCAAUUUUGAACGAAGAGCUCAUUCCAUUACUUAAAGAGUUCAAAGAGAUAGAAGCAUGCAUCCGAUGUAGUGCCAAAGAAAACUACAAUGUUAAUCAGGCGUUUUACCUCUGCCAAAGAGCGGUUACACAUCCAAUUGCACCACUAUAUGAUUAUAAGGAAAGCAAUUUAAAACCGCUCGCAUUGAAUGCGUUGAAAAGGGUGUUUUAUUUGUGCGACACUGACCAGGAUGGCUAUUUAAACGAUUCUGAGUUCCUGCAGUUGCAGCUUAAAUGCUUCCACAAGUCGCUGGAUAUCAACGAGCUGAACACAAUAAAAAUGACACUUGAUUCAGCAUUACCUGGAACAGCAACAGAAAGGGGAAUAACCGAAGAAGGCUUCUUGGCUCUUAACAAACUGUACGCUGAAUCAGGUCGUCACGAAACUAUUUGGGGAAUUUUGAGAGCGUUUCACUAUACUGAUUCUCUCUCCAUAGACGACAAAAUUCUCUAUCCGAAGAUAGAUGUCCCGCAUGGCUCAAGCGUCGAACUCUCUCCUAAUGGGUACAGGUUUUUGGUGGACUUGUUUCUUCUGUUUGAUAAAGACAACGAUGGAGGCUUGAACGACGAGGAACUUAAUCAGCUCUUUUAUCCUACACCAGGAGUGCCACGAUCGUGGCAAGAGUUCAAUUUUCCGCGCACGGUGGUGUGCAACGAACAAGGUUAUGUGACUUUACAGGGAUGGCUCGCUCAGUGGUCGAUGACGACUUUUUUGGACUAUAAGACAACACUCGCCUACUUGGGCUACUUUGGGUAUGAGGAUAGGUCUACCGUUGGCAAGGUAAGUGGAACCACUACAGCUCUGAGGAUUACAAAGCCUCGAAAAGUGAGAAAACGCAAUGGGAAAGUGUACAGAGGAAGCGUUUCUGACAGAACUGUUUUUAAUUGUUUCAUUUUAGGCGCGCCAGGGUGCGGCAAAACCUCACUCAUGGAGUCGUUUCUGGGUCGACAAUACAGUGAAGUUUAUUCGCCUACAAUUCAACGAAGCAUAGCUGUCAAUAAUGUUGAGUUGAUCGGCGGAAAACAAUGUUACUUAAUUUUGGAAGAGCUAGGGGAGUUGGAACCCGCCAUUCUUGAAAACUCCUCUAAGCUAGACUCCUGUGAUGUCAUAUGCUUGGCAUAUGAUUCCUCCGAUCCUGAAUCAUUCCAGCACCUUAUAGAGCUGCGCAGACUGUAUCCGAAACUCGAUUCGAUCCCCAUGGUUUUCGUUGCCCUAAAAGCAGAUCUGGACAAACAACAACAGCGAUGUGAUAUACAGCCAGAGAACUACACACGAUCGCUAUUUUUGCCGCCUCCCCUCCACAUAUCUUCCAGCUGGGCAUCCUCAUUGACCGAGCUCCUGGUUCAGCUGGUCAACUCAGCAGCUGAGCCUCGGAGCGCCACCUCAGGCCUCGAACCCGAGCCAAUAGAUACUGAAGGUUUAGUCAAUCCUUUCCUAAUAGGUUGUGGCGCAGUCGGAUUCAUGGUGAUCGUUUCUGUGUGGUAUCUUCGAAAAUCUAUAGUUGGAGAACGAUAGAUAUCAAAUACUCCUGACACCUGAAGAUUAUUUUCGAUCUCAAACAACAAGAUGGAUUCGUUGACUAGCACCUUUUGGUGUUCGGUAGCGAUUGCUUUAUCGUACGUCCUUGUAUUAUAUAUCAAUCCACAGCGAGGGCAUCGGGAUUCAAAAGAAGUUAUCAAAUCGAGACUGCUCAGGGUCAGCAUGUCGACCCUUUUCUGUGUGUCACUUGUACCAGUUUUAAUGAUUAAUGUCACACGCACUGCCUCCGACUAUAAAGAAGUAUUGGCAUACAUGGGACUCAUAAUUGACAAGACUACACCUUACAGUGUUGCCCGAGUGCUGGUACUUUUCAUAGGUCUCUUCAAUGGAUCCCUGAUAGAGUAUCUGUCUUGGGGCCCGGAAGUCAUCUAUCGCGACUUGAAGUCUUUGGAACUUCUUCACUUCAUGCGGAAUAUCGUGAUUGCGCCCAUAACUGAAGAGCUUACCUACACCGCAUCUAUUUUGGGCCUAUAUGGUCCGUUUCUCCAUUCUCCUACAGCAUCCAAAAUAAUAUACCUGUCACCACUUCUGUUUGGACUAGCUCACAUCACCCACUCUUACGAUUGUUGGAGACAUGACAAAGUGCCUAUGGCUACCAUUUUGGCAUCGUUUGUUUUCCGUACGCUGUAUACAACGUUCUUUGGAAUCCUUACAAAUCUUAUUUUCGUCAACUCGCGUUCGGUCUGGACCUGUGUGGCCGCACAUUGCUGGUGCAACUUCAUGACUUUCCCACAGUUUACAGUGGAGGGGCCUGUAUGGUGGCAGACACUCUACUACGCACUGUCGCUAGCAGGAAUCUGGUUUUUUGCUACAUACUUUAACACAUUGACUACGUCAAACUGAAACGGAUCAUUUUUGUUAUCAUGCC